AUGGGUAUCAAGGGCCUCACGGGUCUCCUGUCGGAGCACGCUCCCAGGGCAAUGAAGGAUCACGAGAUGAAGACUCUCUUUGGCCGCAAGGUCGCCAUUGACGCGUCCAUGUCGAUCUACCAGUUCCUCAUCGCCGUUCGCCAGCAAGACGGCCAGAUGCUCAUGAAUGAGAAUGGAGAUGUAACAAGUCACCUGAUGGGCUUCUUCUACCGCACCAUCCGCAUGGUUGAUCACGGUAUCAAGCCCUGUUACGUGUUUGACGGCAAGCCUCCCGAGCUCAAGGCCGGUGUUCUCAAGCAGCGUUUCGGACGUCGCGAAGAGGCCAAGGCCGCCGAGGAGGAGGCGCGCGAGACGGGUACGACCGAAGACGUUGACCGCAUGUCGCGCCGUCAAGUGCGUGUCACCAGGGAGCACAAUGAAGAGUGCAAGCGUCUGCUCUCGUUGAUGGGUAUCCCCGUUGUCACUGCGCCAGGAGAGGCGGAGGCUCAGUGUGCCGAGCUCGCUCGUGCUGGCAAGGUCUACGCCGCUGGAUCAGAGGACAUGGACACACUCACCUUCCACACGCCGAUCCUCCUCCGCCACCUGACCUUCUCCGAGGCUAAGAAGAUGCCCAUCUCCGAGAUCAACCUUGACGAAGCGCUCAAGGGUCUGGAGAUGACCAUGGACCAGUUCAUCGAGCUCUGUAUCCUCCUCGGCUGCGACUACCUCGAGCCCGUCAAGGGUGUGGGCCCCAAGACCGCCCUCAAGCUCAUGCGCGAGCACGGCUCCCUCGAGAACGUUGUCAAGUUUAUCCACAGCAAGAUGGCCGACAAGGCUGCCGAGGUUGCCGCUGCUGAAGCCGAGGCUGAGAGCGAGAGCGAGCCCGAGAGUGAGGAGGGCGGUAUGAUUGUCAACUCGGACGGCGAGGAGGAGCCCGCCCCGCCCAAGCCCAAGAAGAAGACUCCCAAGAAGAAGGGUCCCGGCGGCGGCGGCAUGCAGCUGCCUGAGCACUGGCCUUGGGAGGAGGCCAAGAAGCUCUUCGUCACACCCGACGUGACCAAGGGCGACGACCUGGACAUCGACUGGAAGCAGCCCGACGUCGACGGUCUCGUCGAGUUCUUGGUGCGCGAAAAGGGAUUCAAGGAGGACCGUGUGCGCGCCGGUGCUGCCAAGCUGUCCAAGAUGCUCGCUGCCAAGCAGCAGGGUCGUCUGGACGGCUUCUUCACUGUCAAGCCCAAGGUCGACGACGGCAAGGGCAAGAAGCCGGACUCCAAGGCCAAGGGUGCCGCUGGAAAGCGCAAGGCCGACGACAAGAGCAAGGCUGGCGCCAAGAAGAAGAAGUAA